AAUAAAUGAAAUUAAUUAUACCGAAAUGGUUCAAUCAUUUGAAAUUGCAACAAUAAGUGGUCAUGACGAAACGGACCAAACAACGCGUUCUAAGCCCUCUGCUUUUAGGCGUACAUUUAAUGCACUGCGUAAUCGAUUAACGAGGCGAAGCCGUCCCAAACCGCCAGACUGGUUUUUAGAGAAAUUUUCUAACACCACAAAUACGGAUAAAAUUGGAAAAACUGAGGCGAACACAAAUCCUCAAGGCUCCACUUCGAAUGAUGAUGGACUGGCAUUUGAAAUACGCGGCACAAGCUUACUAUGUAAUCGUUUGUCAGUUAAUACUGCUUUAGAAUCACAUUAUAGGUGGCUUGCAGUCGUUUCUUUAGCUGUUUUAUAUAAUUUAAUUUUUGUUGUUUGGCGAUCUGUAUUUUGGGAAGUAAAUAACCAUGCAACUGGUCUUUGGUAUGUCUUGGACUACUUAUGUGAUUUUAUUUAUAUUGUAGACAUAUUGGUUCAUAUGCACGAAGGUUACUUGGAUCAAGGUCUUCUAGUACGCGAUGCAUAUAAAUUAAGACGUCAUUACUUCAGUCAGAAAGGUUGGAUAAUUGAUUUCCUUUCCGUGUUUCCUACAGACUUAAUGUAUAUACUGUGGCCCCCACAUUCUUGCAAUGAGACAUUUUUACCAUGUCCAAUUAUCAUACGGUUAAAUCGUCUCUUACGAGUACCACGUAUGUGGGAAUGGUUUGAUCGUACAGAAACUGCAACAAGCUAUCCGAAUGUAUUUCGCAUAUGCAAAGUUGUGCUGGCAAUAUUGGUGCUGAUUCAUUGGAAUGCUUGCAUGUAUUUCGCUAUCAGUUAUGAGAUCGGCUUCAGUACAGACAAUUGGGUAUAUAAUCUCAAUGGCACACGCAAUCACACUCUACACCGUCAAUAUAUCUACAGCUUUUAUUGGUCGACAUUAACACUAACAACAAUUGGCGAAACACCGACACCAGAAAAUGAUGCUGAAUAUUUAUUCGUCGUGGCUGACUUCUUGGCCGGUGUACUGAUAUUUGCCACCAUUGUGGGAAAUAUUGGCUCAAUGAUUUCCAAUAUGAAUGUGGCACGAGUAGAAUUUCAAAAUCGAAUGGAUGGCGUUAAACAAUACAUGGCCUUUCGCAAGGUAGGUCAUGAAUUGGAAGCACGUGUAAUACGUUGGUUCGCUUAUACGUGGUCGCAGAGUGGAGCAUUGGACGAGGAACGCGUAUUGUCAGCACUGCCCGACAAGCUCAAAGCGGAAAUUGCCAUACAAGUACACAUGGAAACAUUAAAACAAGUGCGUAUUUUUCAUGACUGCGAGCCUGGUCUACUAGAGGCCUUGGUUUUAAAACUCAAAUUGCAAGUAUUCAGUCCGGGUGAUUAUAUUUGCCGCAAAGGUGAUGUUGGUAAGGAAAUGUACAUUGUGAAGCGCGGUAAAUUAUCGGUUGUGGCGGAUGACGGAGUUACUGUAUUUGCUACAUUGGGUGCUGGUUCUGUUUUUGGUGAGGUUUCAGUGCUUGAAAUAGCCGGAAAUCGUACUGGCAAUCGACGUACAGCAAAUGUUCGUUCCUUGGGAUACUCGGAUUUGUUUUGCUUAGCGAAACGAGAUUUGUGGGAAACGUUGGCAGAUUAUCCGGAAGCGCGUGCCACACUCACAGAACGUGGUUGUCAACUACUGCGUAAAGAUGGUCUACUUGAUGAAGAAGUAUUUGCUGAUUCACAACGUGCACCUGAUCCUAUUGAAUUUGGCAUUGAAAAAUUAGAAAAUUCAGUGGAAAAUUUAAGUUAUCGUCUGGCGCGUUUACUCGGUGAGUACGCUGCAAGUCAGGCAAAAUUAAAGCAAAGACUGGCCAAACUAGAAUUAAAUUAUCAAAUUAAAUAUUCCUCAAUUACUGGGUUAAGUGAUGAGCCACAGACACGUGGUCGCAGUGGCCGUCUGUAUUCAUUGCAACCUAAAAGACGUACAAGACCGCGUCCUGCCUCAGCAAAAAGAACAGGAGAUAUCAAACAAAACACGUUAUAAAUUUUAAUAUAUUGUAUAUUAUGAAAUAUGUAACAUAUUUUUUAAUUUAAAAAAAAAAAAAGUGCAUUCAUGCGUUUUUGUAUUUGUGCUGAAUGUAGUAGAUUCAUCUAAUUUCUACUUAACGUACCUUGUGCUGGCAUAAAACCA